AAAAACUCUUCCCCCUUUCCGUCUGAUUUCAUAGAAUUCCGCAGUAUACAUAAUUUUUUUAGAUAAAAUUUUUUUACACUCUACGUUGGCAUAAAAGGAGUGAGGACCACUUGGUGGCCUCGACGGAAAGUACUCCUAAUACACCCCGUUGCUUUUGGAAUGAGUUUUUUCAUAAUAGUAUACCAAAAUUUUUAUAGUUAUGUCGUCUUCAAAAUCUUCAAACAUUUUACCUUCCCUUGAGAAAAAAUAUUCCCUUGACGUUUCUUUUUCCAAAUUUCACGUGACUCGUCCCAAUCGAGCUGGUUACAACAAAAUUUAUGACAUCAGUAGAUCAAAAAGUUUCUUUUUUGAGUUAGUCAAUCAUCAUACAAACACCAAUGAAAUUCAUCUUAAAAUACACACAAAUGAUUAUCACAUGAAAACAACCCCUAUUAGUUAUCCUAACACAAGUAAACUCCCUAAUGACAAAUACCAGAUUAGUGUUAUGCUCACGCAUUUUUUUUCUUUACAAAGAGUUUUACCCAGGCGUAUUCAACAAAAAUUUUUUAAUUUUAUCCGAGAUAAAUUAUUACUACGAAAAGCGAUCAUCAUGUCACGUGCUAGUAAAAUUGACUCACGUAACACUAGUACCAAAAAUUUUUUUAACUUCUCCUAUAAACGAUAUCGUUUUCACUUUGGAAUUUAUAUUCCUUGUUCUCAUGAUCAUUUUAUUUCUAAAUUCUCUGGAUUUACCCCUCCGAAAACUAUUUGUAAAAUACUGGCGCCAUUUGUAAUGUCCGACUUUAGAAGGGCUUGCGUUAUUCAUCAACCCUUAUUCUUUAAAAAUGAUGUAUUUACACAUAUUAAAUCUCCUAAAAAGACACUUAACAUUGAUCACACAAAUCCUUUACUUACCCAAAGAUUUAUCAUGCUAAUCUUUUAUACACUCGUUGGAAUACACAUAGAACUAAAAGAAUUUAUUCUCGAAGAUUAGGAAUAUCUUAUGAAGAAACGAUCCAUGCUCGUGAUCGCCAUUCCAUUACACACCUUAAUAAUAAACAUAUAUAUAGGAAAAAACUUUCUAAUUUUUGUAUCCGAUGUAGUCAUAAUCCUCG